AUGUCGAGCUGUCCAGUCUUUAUGUGCGAAACAUCAGCAAUUUUCACUAGUAACAAGAGUCUUGAGGACAAAACAAUCGGAAACAGUGGUCGUCCUGUCCGAACAGCUUGCGAUUUAACGGUUCCUGAUUCGCAAAAUCUACGAAUAACAUUACCUAUAACAGACUUUCUACAGUCUAUGUUAGCUGCAACAGUGCGGUACGAGUCAUUCUUACGGUAA